AGAAGAAGAUUGUCAAGUGAUUAGGAAGAAAGUGCGAAAGAGAAAAAAUGAGGAGAGGCAAGGAGGAAGACGAAGUUGAACAGUUGCUUCAAGCUGCUCAAGACGAGAUGAUUCUCAAGCUUUCCGUUGAUUCUCAUACUUCUAGCUCCAAAUCCGAUUACCUCGAUCCCGAUCUCCACUCUAGAUUUCUCGCCCUCAGAUCUCAACCCUCGUCGAAGAAGAAGGAUUAUCAGCACCGACAAAAACGACGGCCGAGAUCGCCGCCGAAAUCAAAGGAUGUUGAAGAAACCCCAGACGAUCUCAUGCUCAGAUUCGCUGCUUUGAAGAGUUCUCUCCCCUCGUCGUCGUCCUCUGUUUCGCCGUCAGUUCCUCUUCCGGAUGAAAUCGGGGAAGAUGCUGAUGAUAUCGGAGAAGAUGAUGAAGUGGAGAAGCUGAUUCAGUGGGCUAUAGACGCCGCCCGUCUCGAUCCUUCUCCUCCCUCUGAUGAUGAUGAUGAUGACAAUCGGAGUUCUGAUAACGACGAUGACUUUGAUGAUGAUGACAAUGGUUCAACGAGAAAUGUCAAAGCCUAGUUAUAACAACUUGACUCUUUCCUUGUAAGGUAUAUAGAUCUCUUUAGCUUAAAUUGAUUCCACUCUUAUGAACAACAGUCACAAGACUGUUGAGUUAAGUCUGUAUUACAUAAUUCAACCCAAAGUCUGGAUUUUUGCAAUCAAAUUAUUAAAUCUC